CCUCUGCACUUCAUUCCCCAGCCGACUCCUUGAGAGAGAGAGAGACAGAGAGAGGAGAGAGAGAGAGAGAGCAGAGAUGAAGACCAUUCUCUCGUCGGAAACCAUGGACAUCCCGGAAGGUGUCAAAAUCAAUGUUAACGCGAAGAUCAUCGAGGUCGAAGGACCGAGAGGCAAGCUGGUGCGGAACUUCAAGCACCUCAAUCUCGACUUCGAUCUGAUCACCGACGAGGAGACCGGAAAGCGCAAGCUCAAGAUCGACGCCUGGUUCGGAUCUCGCAAAACCAGCGCCGCCAUCCGUACCGCCCUCAGCCAUGUCGAAAAUCUGAUCACCGGCGUCACAAAGGGAUACCGGUACAAGAUGAGGUUUGUCUACGCCCAUUUCCCUAUCAACGCCUCCAUCACCAGCGGCAGCAAGUCCAUCGAGAUCCGGAACUUUUUGGGCGAGAAGAAGGUGAGAAAGGUGGAUAUGCUUGACGGUGUCACCAUUACCCGGUCUGAUAAGGUUAAGGAUGAGCUGGUGUUGGAUGGUAGUGACAUCGAGCUUGUGUCUCGGUCUGCUGCCCUUAUCAACCAGAAAUGCCACGUGAAGAACAAAGAUAUCAGAAAGUUUCUGGAUGGUAUCUAUGUUAGUGAGAAGGGAACCAUCCUCGGGGAGGAGUGAACAAUGUUAUAGGACAACUUUUUGUAGUUUUUUUUUCGGAAGUAAUCCAAAUGGUUAAGUUUUGUUUUACCGCGCGAGUUAUUUGGACCACUAUAAGCUUGUUUCGGAUUAUGUUGACAAUUUUGUGUUAUCAUACUUCGGUUGGUUUUACA